AAUCUAUCCAUGUCCAUAUCCAAAUUUUUUUUCACAUUUUAUGAAUAUUUUUAAUGGAUUUUACAUCUGAUAUUAACUUUUCUCUAGAUGACAUACAAGAAUUCCUGAAAGUUAGCAAUGACGACGAAAAUGAGCAACUAUCCCAGCACAGCAAUUUAUAUGGAUUAUCUCCCAUAAAAUCGUCGAUUAUUGAUUCAACAAAAUCAAUAUCCGAUCACUGGAAAUCGGUAGCCAAUUGUCAAUACACCACUAAGAGUAGCCUCAAUAAUGCCCAUAAUGGCUUCGAUAAAUUUCCUAAUUAUUCAUCUGCCGAGAAUCUUCCCCGUGAAUCCUCGAUCACGAUGAAAAGGGAACACGACCUAUACGAUUUGGAUCUUAUGUUGGAUCCGAAUAAUCUAUUGCUGUUUGAGGGCGAAGAAGAAAACAAUGCCAAUCAUUUUAUUGUCGGCGCUGAUAAUAUUAUCUCACCUACGAUCUUCGAUUAUAUAGGUCAUACGAAUUCUAAUCCUCCCAGUAUUAACAGCCAGCAACUUUCUUAUUCCUCCGCCAUUAAACCUUCAACAUUGCCUUCGCUCUAUUCUAGACCUGAGUUGAUUCACAAAAUUAAACGCGACUUUUCUAUCCCCCAAAAUAACGCGUCUAUUCAGGACACUUCACUGCCCCCAAUAAAUCAAAGCCAGCUUUUUACGCUUGAGUCUCGCGGUUGCCCUCCUAUUGGCCUUCCCCGCUCCGCUAGCGAUUUUUACCAAAACCUGGAAGAUAAUGUACACCAACAUAUUGCUAAUUCAGGUGGCACACAUUUAAAUUUAGUCCCGAGCAUUAAUAGCUUCAGCAGCAUAGAUAAUCUGGAAGCACUGGGUUUGACUCAAGACCAGCUGGGAAGCAUGGGACUCAUGCCCGCCCUGGCCAAGGACCGUUCCGGAAAAUCGCUCAUCGUGAAAAUUCCUUACGUUUUAAACCACCACCAGAAUUUUUCCAACUCAAACAAUCCAUUAAACAUGUUAGACCCAACCAAUUACCUCCAAAUUAACAGUGCUGAUCAACAUUUUGUUAAUUACAUUAACAGCAGUUACAAUUCGGACCACAGCAGUUCUCUUUCUAAUGCGGAGGAUACCAAAGAUGCGAAAGUAUUCCUUGGGAUGGAUAAUCAAAAUGAUAAUAGAAUAUCGCUGGGGACGUUAGUCGACGAUUUGAAUGAACGUAAAGAUAUGUUAGACUCUUCCUCUAAUUCAAGAUUUUCGAUUUCACCCCCCGAUCUUAUUAAACCAGCUUACAAACUUCAUAAACGAAAAACUCUCCUGCAAGACGACGACCCAAACUCACUCGCAAAUAGCGCCAAUUUACCUUCCUCUGGAUCUAAAUGCGAACGCAAAGACAAACGUUUGGCCCACAAUGCCAUAGAAAAGAAAUAUCGCAUCAGCAUAAACAGCAAAAUCAACGAGCUCAAGUCCCUGGUCAUGUCGCCUCGCGACCUGACUAACGAUAACUACGCUAAUUCUAAUGGCUCAUCCGCGAGUUCCAAGCUUAACAAAUCCUCCAUCCUUCAGAAGGCCGUCGACGCUAUAAGGGUUCUACAAAGGGAUAAUUUGUCACUGAAAAAAGAAGUAUCACACCUAAAGCGACAAUUAUCGGCUUUGCAACAGCAGCAAAGCAACGUCAAUCAUAAUAACGACCUAGCGAUAGGGGCUAACGUGGGAAUCGAUGGAGGAAUAAAUACCAAUUUUGUUUCCCUAGCUCAAAACGGUGGAGUAGUGGACGAGCCCUUCAUGCGUUCCUUAUUAGCCAAAAGUAUCCCAGAGAACCAGAAUAAUAACAAUAAAGCUUCCUCUGCUCAAAUGGUUCUUCUCAUACCCGCUUCUAAUAACGUCGCCAACAAUAAUAUAAGUCAUAGCUUCCAAAUAUCCAAUCUACCAGAACUUGGAAACUUUACCGAUUUAUCCUCUUUAAAUAACGAAGAAAAAAAUAACUUGUUGAAUCAUUUGAUGGUUCCUCAAUUCAACGGGAAUUUUGCAUCAAACGAUAUGCUCAAUCGUUACGUACUGCUACCCAAUAAUUAUAGCGGGCCUCAAUCCCUCAACAGAUCGACCGACAAUAACUCGAAUAAUAUUAACAAUACCAAUAAAAUUGGUAUAGUCAGUAUCAAUAAUAAUGUCGCGCCGAACCCUACUUUGGUGCGAGAAUCGGUGCAAUUAUCAUCUAACUGUAGCAACAACAAUUUCCUGCACAGGAGUCUUAGUGUAGGCGAUUCGAAUCCCAAUAUUAAUACCAAGAUAAAUAACGCGCCAGUGCCGAUAACCUUGCUUUCUAACAAAAUCCUAACAGCCAUCAAGAUGAAACGCAAUCCCUCCUCCCACUCUGCUAUUCUUACUCUGCACAACUCCUCGUCUUCAUCUUCCCUAACUAGCAAUACCGACGGGGAAGGACGGAUUAAGCAUCCCUCGACGCCCUCCGACUCAAAAUCAGCCGCCGUUAAUGUGAUCGCUUCUUCCUCCCACCCUCCCCCCGCUUACAACGAAAAUUUCUCCCCCGAUAGUACCUGCAAAGAUGAGGACCAAGUUACAUCAGUCGACGGAUAUUCUAGUUCCCCCGUAGCUAACGACAACUACGAUCCGAAUAUUGGAGAUAGUCUGGAGUUUGGACAGAAGCUGAAAAGGAUCUGUUUAGGACUCUCGGAUUCUUCCAGGUUUGUCUUGUGUUGCGUGAGCGCUUUGGCGCUCCUUUUCAAUCCUUUCAAAUUCCUCGCACCUUAUUUAAAUACCGCGGGAGGAGAAAGGGGUGGAGUUGGAAUGGUAGAUACGGAUUCGAGGCUGUUAGGAGCCAUCGGUAUCAAUUUCAAAGGCAGGGAUAUUAAGAGUCUUUCUUCCAAGAAUUCUGGAUCCUUGGAAGAUAAUUUGCUAUUGGAGGACCAAGCCUUCGCUACUGUGUAUGCCUCUUCCCUCCUACCCUUCUUCCUCAAUCUCGUCUUUUCAUUGGCUCUUUUUUUACUAGUAACCUUUACUUCCAACGAAACAUCAUUCUUCAAAAGCAAAUCCAAUAAAGGUCACCCAAAUUAUGCCAAAUGUAAGAAGAGCCCAAAAGUAUUAAAAUCUGAAACGUCAUACGAUCAUGGUGGAAGGGAGGAAUUAUCCGCUGAUCCAUCAUCGAAAUCGCGGGACCAUUUUGAUUUUGCAUUGGCGAACAUCAAUCGAGACCUCUCUAAUCUCGGCUGCCGUCGCUUACCACGCAAUGCCAUUUUAGGGCUUUCGCUGUCGUGUUGUUGGCAAGUUUGCGUUUUAUUUAUAAAUCGUCUGACAUCGGUCAUUGCAAAUUUCGGUCAAACGUCGCACUCGGAUACACACCUACGCAAAAUGACACUAUUGAGAAAAUUCGCCGAUAUUUUGGUGUUGGAACAUCGUUAUCAAUCUACAAUAAUUGUUCGUAUCAAGAUGUAUCUUUGGAAGCUUUACUUCACUCUCGCCUUGUACAACGUAUUGAACGAACUAUCCAUGACGACAUCGCCUAUUUGUUUUUCGUCUUCCUUCGACAUAUUUAAAUCGUACCUAACCCUGGGUUUGACUUAUAAAAUAUCUUUGCCGCGUUGGGUUUGGAAUUCCCAGAGGAGGAAGAAAAAAUUCUUGGAAUGGUGUUUGAACAGAGCCCGCGACAAUUUAGAACUGACUCACGAUAUCCGUUACGCUUGGCUGGAUAGCAUGGUAGCGCGUCACGUAUUCGCGAAUAUCGUCGAAACGGAUAUGGAUGACACGUUUCCAGAACAUCUGGCCGAAGGCGUGUCUGUCAGCGAUACCCUUAGCCGUUUCGCCAGACGUAUCAAAGCGGAAAUAUUAAAAUCGACUUUUCAAAUCCAUCUAUCACCUCCCAUUAAUGAAGUCUUGGUUAAUUUGUCUCUUGAUCACGGGAAACUCGCAGACACGCAGAACUUUCUAAGCAGAACUUUCAAGCCAGUCAAAUCUGAUUCCACUCUUAAAACUACUCGGAUAAUGACUAAGCCCAAGCCAAAAUUCUGUGGCGACGAAAUCAUAGUCGACAUUUUGCGACAAUCCGCGUGCCUGGACGUGGAAAGAAACUUGCCCCAUUUACUCAAGCAUUUGCUUCUUUUAGGUGGCACCCGUGUUAGUAACAACAACGCGAUAUCCAAUGGCGCCCUUAAGACUCAACGUGGCAUGGAUCACCUGAUGAAUUCGUAUCGUCUUGACUUGGCCCAAAAUGAAUCUUACGCCAAUGUAGAUAAUCGACUUUCGCACCCAUGCCAUCAUCAUUAUGCCGAUAUACGCCACAAUGCAGCUCCCAUUUUUAAUUUCGAUUGUUCCCGAGAUAAAAAGUGUUGUGAUGAGCCAUUCGGCUCUCAGGAAAAGGCGUUAUUGGAUCUAGUGGGUAGAGAUCGAUAUUGUAGGUGGUGGACGACGGCUUUGAUAUUUAGUCAUCUCUUGGAGUUUGAAUGCGAUUUGGUUACCCUCACAUAUUUGCACGACAAUUUAUUACAGCAAUACGAAACCACGUCGAAAGGACUACUGACUAGCGCUCUGCUAAAUUCGCUUAUGGGCAAAUUUUACAUCAAAAUCAAAACGAUGUCUUCCAAAAUUCCUCCACGCGUCAACGCGAAUGCCACCAUUUUCGCGCCGAUUAUGGGCAUGGAUCUGACUCAGCGAGUUACGGCAUUAUGCGAAUCUUCCCAAACUUCUCUUGAAACGUUUCUCCUUUCCCUCAAAAAUGACAGCAAAUUGAGGACAAAAAAUUUGCUUUGCGAAUACACCUGUUUAUUGAUUUGCGAUAUCAACCUAACCGUUAUGGAAGAAAUAAUGAUGGAUAAUAUGGAAAAUCGAGUGAUUAGAGGCGAAAUCAAUCGUGUCGUAGAAAACUUUAACGUCGCUCUUCAAACUUUCUCUAAUUUAGACGCUUGUACAAAUGAUGAGCGCAAUAUUAAUAUGAAACUCGCUUACCACAAAAUCAUGUCACUCCUAUUAGCUGUUCGCUUCCAAAAUAUUAAAAGCGAUUCUUUCGCCAAUCGAACAGAAAUUAUUCAUUUCAUACAAAUUUAUCUCGGAAUAAAAAUCACUUUAAUAACUUCGCCAGAUUCCGUAAUCGCGAAGGGAAAAAACGCUGGAAUCGAGGCUAUAGCUCUUGACCUUAAAGAUCACCUGGUUUUGCAAUCCGAGCCAGAAAAAAUAGAGUCACCACGACCAGCUGAAGAGGAUAGAAAAUUUUUCGAGACUAAAUCCCAAGCGAAAUUGGUUUUAAGGUUAUUUGCCCCGAACCUUCCCUUUGCGUUCCUAUUCGCCGAUCACUGUAGCGAAUCGGAUCGUCGCAUUUUGGUUAACAGAUCCAUUCGAACUUUUAAAAGAUACGAAGAAUGAAUUUUUUUUGAAUCAAUUGUUAUUUAGUUCUUUAGACACGUGACAUAGAACCAAUUUGAAACUAAUUUCAAGUCUAUAUAUGAUGAGUUGUUAAUUAUUCCUUAUUAUUAGAUCUUUGCAAAUUCUGUAAUCGCUGAAGUUUUCAUUUUUAAAAAACUGAUGACCACUAUAUAUGAAUAUCUAAAAAAAUUAUAUAUUCUAUUUAAAUCUUUAUUCACAUUAUAAAUAAAAAAAAAAUUUUUUAAAAAAUUAAAUUAUAAAUUUUCAUUUUAUUUUUUUUUAAUACCCCAAAAAAAGUAUUUUGGUUAAAUUUUCUAAUAAUAAAAAAAUUACAAAUUUAUACAUUUCGCGUUAAUUUUUUUUGGUUUAAUUUAUAUUUAAAAAUAUAUUGCAAUAAUGAGUAAUCAUCUUUUAUAUAUAUAUAUAUCAGAUUUAUAAAGUAUACGGAUAUUUAUUAUUUCUAUUAUUAUUUUUUUAUCGUUUCAAAAAUAUCAUAAUAAUUAUUUUGUAUUACAUUUUUUUUUUUAAAUAAAAAUACAAAAUAUA